UAGCUGUUCACGUAGCUGCUGCGAAAUACGUGAUUCUCCCCUCUCAUCGGUCCCCCCUCCUCCCCCUUCCUACUUCCCCCAACAUAUUAUCAUUCCAUGUGCUCUUCUUUUCAAUAUGACUCACCCAUAAGUAUACUCCCCCAAGAAGGAAAGAUCUCCCCCAUAAUUAUACUCCCCCAGAUAAAGAAGAGGAAAGAUCUCCAUUGUGAUCGGAAAAGCAUCCGAAAUGGGGGAAAGACUAAAAUAUUCCUCGCUUCUCUCGCCCACCGCCUCGUGCUCCCUCCCAAAUGGCACCCUUCCGUUCUUCUGUCCUUGCUCUCUCUGGAAGGAGGAGGAGGAGGAGGAGGAGGAGGAGAAGGCAUGGGCGAAGGACGGUCUCUGGCGGAGACCCCGACGUGGUCGGUGGCCACCGUCACCACCGCCAUGAUCGCCGUCUGCUUCUUGGUCGAGCGCUGCAUCUACCGCUUCGCCAAGUGGCUGAAGAAGACAAAGAGGAAGGCGAUGCUCGCCGCUCUCGAGAAGAUUCGUGAAGAGUUGAUGUUGCUGGGGCUGAUAUCGUUGAUGCUGAGCCAAACGGCUAGGUGGAUCUCCGAGAUCUGCGUUCCCUCGUCUCUUUUCAACAGCCGAUUCUAUACCUGCACGGAGAGCGACUUCCAAGAAAUGGACGAGGGUUCUGAUUCAGUUCCUUCGAAUCGGACGAAGGUUGCGAGAAGGCUUCUUGAGGCGUCUCCUCAUAACUGUGCUGAGGAUCAUGAGCCAUUUGUGUCCUUCGAAGGGCUUGAGCAGCUCCACCGCUUCGUUUUUAUUCUUGGGAUCACCCACGUGUUGUACAGCUUCGUCACGGUUGUUUUGUCUAUGAUCAAGAUCUACAGCUGGCGGAAAUGGGAAAACCAAGCGCACCCACCACCUACUGAGGAUUUGCAAGGUUAGACUCUCUGAUGUAAGAAGGGAUUGCGUUGUCUUUGUUCUGUUAUUCUUGGUCAUUAAUGUAAUGUCCGGGCCCACAACCUACUAGGCCCAAUGAGAAAUGGGCCCAGCUAAGGGUUGGGCCCAAAUGUCACUGUAGGCAGUAUAAUUAUAAUACUUAUCAGAAAAAAAAAAAUAUUAAAAUACGAAGGGAUAAGACCGACAGGGAAGGGUGACC